AUUGCCUCGCGCGCAGACUCCGAAACACCUUUCUGGUUUUGCUGGAGAUUACUCGAAAUACUCCUAGUGGCAUUUUGUGGCUUUGUUCUCUGGUUUUUGCAGUUAUCUUUCUCUUUUAAGUCUUGUCUAUAUCAUGCCUGAGCAUGCCGUCUCGCAACACAAAUUGAAGAAGCGCAAACACGCUACCGAAGCUGCUGGGGAGCCAUCCGCGAAACGGUCGAAGACCGACAGCAAGAAGGAUAAAGCUGCAAAGACGGAGAGGCGAAAGGAGAAGAAAAGGGAUAAGGGCAAAGCUCGUGCAGACGAUGGCCAGUUCAAAGUCAUUCAUGCAACUAUGGCUGUAUCCAUUCCACCCGUCUUCGCAAAUAAUUUACGAGCCGGUGUGGAAGAAAUGCUUGAUUCAAUGGUCAUGAGAUACAUUCCUGCCGCGCAGGGGGUAGUCCUUGCACAUGAUAGUCUACAAUUCGUUGACCCUGUUGCAAAGAUAAAAGCGGAUUGUCCAUUUGCCAACUGUCGGAUAGCGUUUGCUGCGACAGUCUGGAGUCCGCGGGUAGGCAUGAAACUGGUCGGCAAAGUGAAUCUCUGUUCGCCAGACCAUAUAUCAUUGUUACUGCAUCGGACGUUCAAUGUAUCGAUACCCAGACACCAUAUACCAGCGGACCAGUGGGAAUUCGAGUACGGUCCGGCAGAAAACGACCCAGAAUUUGGGUCAGGAACGGUGGAGGAGACUACAGAGGAAGCUAAACAAGGUGACGGGAAUAUCGAAGGUGGUGGUCGAUGGGUUCACAAGCUCACUGGAGAGCCUUUGGGAGGACCAGAGGGAUACCUCGAAUUCACUGUCAUUGGAUGCUUUCGCUUGUAGGCUCAAUACAGCUUGAUCCGUUCUCGCUUGAGCACAUCCCAGAACGCGCAACUCUUUCUUCAAGUGACGGUAAAGCACGCGAACUUCCGCAGAGCAACAGUGCGCAGGAGGUGGAGAUGAUGAUAGCCCAGGAUAUGCUCGAUGAUUCUAGCGAUAGCGAAGAGGUAGCACUAUCGUCUCGCGUCAACGCUACCAAUUCGGUACACUGGGAUUCUGCAGCGAAGCCUGAACAGGAUGUCACGAAUGAGGCACCUGCGAAGGCCACUAAUAUGAAGUCGAAGGAAAAGAAGCGCAAACGAUCGGACAAAAAGGAUCCUAUGGAACCGAGUGCUGAUCAUUCUUCGGAGGGGAAAAAGAGGAAGAAGGCUAGUUGACGUUCCAUCAGUACUAUGUAUGACUGUCCGUUUCUCUUUAGCUUCUUCUCCAGCUUGUAUACAUGCAUGGUAUUGGGGCGGUCAAGGUGUUACUAAGUAGAUCAAUACGCAGUGUCAUACUGUAAGGCAUAUUCAAGUGUAUUCGGGAACGUAUCGAGGCGGCGAAGAAGACAAAAAAUGAAGGUCUAACCA